CGCCCCCCCUGCGUGCAUGUGCAUGCGCCUGCCCUCUUCUUCUUCUUGUUCUUGUCCUGUCCUGCUGCAGACAGACAGACAGACAGACCGAGAGACUGGUCCAAGAAUUUAUUCCCCAAUUCACUCCUGCCUCCCCCUCCUCCUCUGCCCGUGCCUCGUUCCUCCUUUUCUACAAGCUUAUUUCUUCCCCAACACCCCCCAAUACCGGACUACGAAAUCCAAUCCAGAAUACCUAACCUCGUAAACAUCACAGAGCCCACCUGCAAUCAGUAGUUUCGCAUUCUCACUCUCUUCUUCGUCCAUGAUGUCUGCGGCCGCCGCCACCUCGGCAGAGCUCCUAACGAUCCCCCUGUACUACAAUCCGGCCAACUCGCAAACCUCGGCCUCGCAUCUCGUCUACUCGCUCUUUCCCGAAUGGACUCCUGCUAAGGGUGGACGUGGGGUAAAGUUCAUUCGGUUCACCGACGGCAUUACGAACACUCUGCUGAAAUGUGUCCACAACCCGCCGCCAGAGCUCUCCGCAAAGCAAGCUCGCGACUACGAGGACGAAAACUCCGUGCUCCUGCGCGCCUACGGGAAUGACACCAGCAUCCUGAUUGACCGCGAGCGCGAAUGCAGUUCCCACCUCCUCCUCUCUAACUACGGCCUCGCGCCCCCCCUCCUCGCGCGGUUCGCCAACGGCCUUCUCUACCGAUUCGUGGCCGGGCGUGUAUGCUCCGUCGACGAUCUCGCCGUUCCCGAAACCUGGAAGGCAGUCGCCGAGCGUCUGGGAGAAUGGCACGGCGUCCUGCCCACCACCUCCACGACCACUGACGCUUCCACCCCCGACGACCCGGAAGCCAACAAUCUCUGGGGCGUGCUACACAAGUGGAUUUCGGCGCUGCCGUCGGCGACCGAUGCACAGAAGACGCAGAAGGAGGAGCUGCGGCGGGAGUUGGCCGCUAUGGAGAAGCCACGUGCGGCGGGCGGAUACGGAUUUAAGGGUCAUGAUGGGGGUGUUGGACUGGUCACGGGACACUGCGAUUUGUUGAACGGGAAUGUCAUUAUCCUGCCUGGUGAUGGGCCACGGAAGGUUCACCUCAUCGAUUAUGAGUACGCUACUCCGUGUGAGCGCGCAUUCGACAUUGCGAAUCACUUUGCCGAGUGGGGUGGAUUCGCGUGCGAAUACGAGAAGCUCCCGACGAAGAGUACCAGGCGUGAAUUCAUCCGCGUCUACUUGCAGAGUUUCCACCAGCACAGGAAGGACGGUGUGGAGGAGGUGGGCGAUGACGAUGUGCAGAAGCUGAUGGAGGAGGUUGAUUUCUUCCGGGGAAUUCCCGGGUUCUACUGGGGAAUCUGGGCGCUCAUCCAAGCACAGAUCUCACAGAUCGACUUCGACUACGCGCAGUAUGCACUGGUACGAUUGGGCGAAUACCACGCCUGGAAAAACAGCACCCCUACGUUCCGCGAGGAGCGGUGGGCCUCCACCUAGUCGUCGUCCUCCUCCUUCUCUUCCCUUCCCUCCCCUUCCCUUGGCUCAGACUUAGACUUAGACUCAGAUGAGGCAUUUCAACAACUAAAUCUUUGCACGAGCUUUCUGUUCUGUUUUCGCUUUCCUUACUACUGACACACACACAUACACAUACCCCCCCGCCCUUGAUUUGGUUUGGUUUAGAUGACGAUUGGUUGAUUUGAUGAUGGGAUUUUUUUCUUUUCGC